AUGGCGGGCGCGCCGGGAACGCCCGAGCGAGCCCAGGUCCGAGGUCAGCCGGGUCCGAGACGGCGGGAUGGCGGGCAGACGCCGGCGGCCAGUGGAGCGCCCGGCGUGGAGCCGGGCCAGGAGCACCCCCAGCCAGAGGCCGGGGAAAACGUCGAGCGGGAGAACCCCAGCCAGAAGCUGGAAGGAGCGCCGGAGGCAGGCCGGGUCCGAGAUCAGCCGGGUCCGAGAUCAGCCGGGUCCGAGUUCAGCCGGGUCCGUCAUCAGCCGGGUCCGAGAUCAGCCGGGUCCGAGAUUUGCAGGGGCGGAGACGCCGAGGAGACGCUGGCCGGGGGAGCGCCGGGCCGUGGAGCCGGGCGGAGAGCACCCCGGCCAGAGGCCGGGAGAAACGGCGAGCGGGAGACCCCAAGCAAGAAGCCGGGAGGAGCGCCCGAGGCAGGCCGGGUCCGACAUCAGCCGGGUCCGAGAUCAGCCGGGCCCGAGUUCAGCGGGGUCCGAGAUCAGCCGGGUCCGAGAUCAGCCGGGUCCGAGAUCAGCCAUGGGAGACGCCGGGGAGACGCCGGCCAGGGGAGCGCCGAGCUGGAGCCGGGCCGGGAGCACCCAGGCCAGAGGCCGGGAAAAGCGCCGGGCGGGAGAACCCCAGCCGGAAGCCGGGAAGAGCGCCGGAGGCAGGCCGGGUCCGAGAUCAGCCGGGUCCGAGAUCAGCCGGAGUCCGAGUUCAGCCGGGGAAGCGCCGAGCUGGAGCCGGGCCGGGAGCACCCAGGGCAGAGGCCGGGAAAAGCGCCGGGCGGGAGAACCCCAGCCGGGAGCCGGGAAGAGCGCCGGAGGCAGGCCGGGUCCGAGAUCAGCCGGGGCGCGCAGACCGAGAACUUCGAGAAGGUGAAGACCGAGGGCGCCUGCGAGCAGCACGGGGAGCUGGAUGGCCCCGACAGCCAGUUGAUGGUCUGCGCUGCUGCCGAGCACGCGGCCGACAGCACGGGAUGCGCCAGCGGCCCCGCCUGCGGCCCCGGAUACUCGGAGGGCGUCGUGGUCGAGUGGAGCGAGCGGGGCUUUGGCUUCCUCGUCUUCCAGGACGGGCGCCGCGCCUACGUGCACCACUCCUCGAUCCACGCGCCGUCCGGCGACAGGAAGAACCUGAACCUCACCGUUGGCGAGACGGUGGAGUGCAUGCUGAACGAGGAUCUGCCGUCGCACCCCGGCAAGUGGGCCGCGGUCAAUGUCUGGCGCAAGUCGGAGAUCAUCCUCGCGAAGGCCUCUGGCAACUUCCCUCCGGCGGGCGGCGCCAUGGCCAGCGGCAUGCCGCCACCGCCCGCCGCCAUCGAGGAUCGCCCGUGCCAGGACGGCCCACCACAGGGCGUCACGCCGCCGCAGCCGAUGCCGGAGAUGCCUGCCGCAAAGCCACCGUCGCCCUUGGACACCUCGCCUUUCGCCGACAACGCCAGCGCCCUUACGGCCAAGUUCGGCUUGCCGAAGCAUUCCGCCACAAUUGGCGAGCGCCUAGAAGGCACAGUCGUGGAGUGGAGCAAUCGCGGUUUCGGCUUCGUCCUGUUCGGCGAUGCGCGCGCGUACGUGCACACCUCGAACUGCGAGAGGGGGAGCGACUUGAGGGAGGGGGAGAGGGUCACCGGAGUGUUGACGGAAGACACCACGCGCCCUGGCAAGCUUGCGGCCGUAGACGUGCGCAGGGGUACCCUCGCGGAUUGCAACGGCCCCAGCGGCGGGUCCAGGUUCAGCGACGGCAUGGGCAAGGGCUGCAAGGGCGACGGCUGCAUGGGCGGAGGCUGCGGGAUGGGCAAGGGCGACGGCUGCAUGGGCGGAGGCUGCGGGAUGGGCGGCAUGGGCGGAGGCUGCGGCAUGGGCGGCUGCGGUAUGGGCGGCUGCGGUAUAGGCGACGGCUGCGGGAUGGGCGCAUGCGGCAUGGGCGGCUGUGGGAUGGGCGGCUGCGGCAUGAACGGCUGCGGCAUGGGCGGCUGCGGCAUGAACGGCUGCGGCGGUUGCGGCGGCUGCGGCAUGAGCGGUUGCGACAUGGGUGGCUGCGGCAUGGGAGGCAUGGGCGGCUGCGGAAUGGGCGGCUGCGGCAUGGGCUGCGGGGGCUGCGGGAUGGACGCGGGCUGCGGGAUGGGGGGCUGCGACGGCGGAGGCAAGGGCGCCGACUUCGGCUGCAAGGGCGGAGACCCGUGCGGCAAGGGCCGAGAGGUCAAGUGCCUCGGCGGGAGCGAGAGGCGGCCGCCGCUCAUCUUUGAGGCUGGCGACUGGUUCGAGGGGGUCGUCGCCGACUGGCAGAAGCGAGGUUUCGGGUUCAUCACCCUGGCGGACAACCGGCGAGUCUACGUGCACGCGUCCUCGUUCGGUGGCGGCGAGCUCAAGGUCGGCGAGACGGUAAGGUGCACGCUUGAGGAGGACGACAAGAAUGCAGGGAAGCUGAAGGCCAACAAGCUGGUGCGGGGUCCCCUCGGCGAGGAGGGGGUCGUCAAGGAGUGGAAGAAGGAAGGCGGCUUCGGCUUCCUCGAUAUGGAGGACGGCCGCAGGUGCUACAUCCACGCCAGCGUCUUCAAAGGCACCGGCAAGCGCGAGCUGCAGAACGGCAUGCGGCUGCGGGUCGCCACGAAGCCAGACGAGCGCAACCCCGGGAAGUGGGCGGUGUCGGAGGUGAAGGGCGGCCUCGAGGACGACCGGGCCUACGCCGAGGGUGACGACGGCCUGCCGCCUCUGCUGGUGGCAGAGGUGGUGGAGUGGGACAAGCGCGGCUUCGGCUUCGUCCAGGUCCAGGGCGACGACCGGCGAAUCUACACCCACCACACCUCCUUCGGCACCGGCGACCUGGAGAUAGGCGAGAAGGUGAGCAUCACCCUGGGCCCCGACAACAAGAACCCGCAGAAGCUGAUGGCGAUCACGCUGGUGCGCGACGGCGGCGUGGGCGGCGAGCUCGACGCCAGCAAGGUCAGGAGCAGGCCCCGGCAGGAAUUCUUCGGUGGCGAUCCCCUCGCCGCCCUGCCGGAGGGCGACUGGCCCGAGCUCGUCUGGAGCAUGGGCACUGUGAUAGAAUGGAACGACGAGAGGGGCAUUGGCCAUAUCGAGGUCGAGGACGGGCGGCGGCUGCACGUGCACCACUCGAGCUUCGGCGGGGGCUCGCUGCAGGAGGGCGGCGGCUGCGAGGUGGUGGUCGCGCCGGACAGGAAGGACCCGACCAGGUGGAUGGCCGCCAAGGUCCGCGGGCCUUGCGUCAAGAAGCGGGAGGCCCGCAGGGACGCGCCCAGCGAGUUGGGCGCCGAGCCGGCCGAGAAGCGGCAGAAGUUCACGUGA